AUGGCUCCAAAAUAUUUGAACGUCUCCGCCGCAGGCACAGGCUCGAAGAGUCCUGCGUCUCCAACCGCCCAUAUGGCCACAACGACUGUAAAAGUUGGUGGUAUGACAUGCGGGGCAUGCACAUCUGCAGUGGAAUCAGGAUUCAAAGGUGUCGAUGGUGUCGGAAAUGUAUCAGUGAGCUUGGUAAUGGAAAGAGCUGUGAUUAUUCACGACCCAGAAAGAGUACCGGCAGAGAAGAUACAAGAAAUUAUCGAGGAUCGUGGUUUCGAUGCAGAAGUACUGGCUACAGAUUUACCAUCUCCAAUGUUCAACAGAAAUGAAUUCAUCGACGAUGCAAGUGACAUUUCCGACGACGAAGAUACGAAGAAUGCGCCCACAACUACAACAACGUUGGCCGUAGAGGGGAUGACAUGCGGGGCUUGCACAUCAGCGGUAGAAGGGGGCUUCAAAGAUGUGCCGGGUAUCAAGAAUUUCAGUAUAUCAUUACUGUCAGAGAGGGCAGUGGUCGAACACGAUGCCUCAGUACUGAGCGCCGAACAAAUUUCAGAAAUCAUAGAAGAUAGAGGGUUUGGGGCAACUAUUAUCGAAUCAAAUACAGCUACCACUCCUUCACGAGCUCGCAAUUCGCGCCGGGACAGCUCUUCUAAGAAAGAAAAGGUCGCUACAACUACUAUUGCUAUUGAAGGAAUGACUUGCGGUGCCUGCACAUCUGCGGUGGAAGGUGGAUUUAAGGAUCUUGAUGGUCUCAUACAAUUCAAUGUCAGUUUACUGGCAGAACGGGCGGUAGUCAUCCAUGACCCCUCCAAACUACCUGCUGAAAAGAUCGCCGAGAUCAUCGAAGAUAGAGGGUUCGAUGCCAAGAUUGUAUCCACACAAUUAGGUUCCGGUCUGCAUUCAGCAGCUACCACAUCACAGUUCAAGUUAUUUGGAGUAGCGUCUGCUGCUGAUGCAACAGCUUUAGAGUCCAAACUUUUAUCACUACCAGGUGUCAAUUCUGCAACAGUCAGUCUUGCCAAAAGUCGGCUAACAAUCUCUCAUCAGCCAAAUAUCGCUGGGUUGCGAGCUUUAGUCGACCUCAUCGAGUCUCAGGGUUACAAUGCCUUGGUCGCCGACAAUGAUGACAACAAUGCUCAGCUAGAGUCUCUUGCAAAAACUAAAGAAAUCACCGAGUGGCGUACAGCUUUCAGGACCUCUCUGAGUUUUGCAAUCCCAGUCUUUUUAAUCAGCAUGGUGUUUCCCAUGCUUAUACCAUUUUUGGAUUUUGGAAGCUAUGUUGUCUUUUUCCCAGGAUUAUACCUCGGUGAUAUCAUUUGUUUAGUCCUUACGAUACCCGUUCAAUUUGGCAUUGGAAAGCGGUUUUACAUUUCUGCAUACAAGUCUAUGAGGCAUGGUUCACCUACGAUGGAUGUGCUAGUUGUUCUUGGGACUUCUGCCGCUUUCUUUUUUAGUGUUGCAGCUAUGAUCGUUUCUAUUCUCCUUCCCCCGCACACUCGACCAAGCACUAUUUUCGACACAAGCAGUAUGCUUAUUACUUUCAUCACUUUGGGACGAUUCCUUGAAAAUCGAGCAAAGGGCCAAACCUCAAAAGCACUUUCUCGCCUCAUGUCUUUGGCUCCUUCUAUGGCAACUAUUUAUGCAGAUCCAAUUGCUGCAGAGAAGGCAGCUGAGGAUUGGAAUACAAAUGAGCCAAAAGCCGAUCACUCUCAGGAGGGUAAUGCUGCAGAAGAAAAGGUCAUUCCCACAGAGCUUAUCCAAGUUGGUGAUAUUGUCAUUCUACGUCCUGGUGAUAAAAUUCCUGCUGAUGGAACCGUCACUCGAGGUGAGACCUAUGUGGAUGAAAGCAUGGUUACUGGUGAAGCAAUGCCGGUCUUAAAAAGAAAAGGAAGUCUACUUAUUGGAGGUACUGUGAACGGUGCUGGUAGAGUUGACUUCCGUGUUACACGUGCUGGUCGAGAUACUCAAUUGAGUCAAAUUGUGAAGUUGGUGCAAGACGCCCAAACUACACGGGCACCUAUUCAAAGACUCGCUGAUACCAUUGCCGGCUACUUUGUGCCAUGCAUUCUUGGCCUGGGAUUUCUUACCUUUUCAAUAUGGAUGAUUCUCAGUCAUGUCCUCCCGCAUCCACCAAAGAUUUUCGUGGACGAAAAGAGUGGCGGGAAAUUCAUGGUUUGUGUCAAACUCUGUAUCUCGGUUAUUGUUUUUGCUUGCCCUUGCGCUUUAGGUCUUGCAACCCCUACUGCUGUGAUGGUAGGAACUGGCGUGGGUGCAGAGAAUGGAAUUUUGGUCAAAGGUGGUGCUGCUCUUGAGACGGCUACUAAGAUUACGCAAGUUGUACUUGACAAGACUGGCACAAUUACUGAGGGCAAAAUGAGCGUGGCCAAGAUCAACUUGGUUUCCAACUGGAAAGACAAUGAUUCGCAGAAGAAACUCUGGUGGACAAUCGUUGGCUUAUCCGAAAUGGGCAGUGAACAUCCUAUCGGUAAAGCUAUACUCGCUGCUGCUAAAGAAGAACUUGGAGUGGGCUCUGACGGUACUAUUGAUGGAAGCAUUGGUGAUUUUGAAGCAGCUGUUGGGAGCGGUGUUAGUGCCUUGGUUGAGCCAGCUAUCAGCAACGAACGUACUCGUCAUAGAAUCCUGGUUGGUAAUGUUCGCUUUCUCAAACAGAAUAAUGUAUCUGUACCCCAAGACGCCAUCGAGUCUUCCGAAGAAGCAAACGUCAAAGCUGCCGGAUUGUCUAAAGCUUCGUCAGCCGGCACAACCAACAUCUUCAUUGCCAUUGAUGGCUCUUACUCUGGUCACCUGUGUCUUGCCGAUACUGUAAAAGAUAGCGCCGUCGCAGCCAUUGCAGCCCUCCAUCGCAUGGGCAUCAAAACAGCCAUUGUCACUGGUGAUCAACGACCAACAGCUCUGGCAGUCGCACGCAUAGUUGGUAUACCUUCUAGAAAUGUUCACGCAGGAGUGACCCCUGACCAAAAACAAGAUAUCAUUCGCAAGUUUCAAUCUCGCGGAGAAUGUGUUGCAAUGGUAGGAGAUGGAAUCAAUGAUUCUCCUGCCCUCGCCACCGCAGAUGUUGGUAUUGCCAUGGCUGGUGGUACUGAUGUCGCUAUGGAAGCAGCAGAUAUUGUUCUCAUGCGACCAAAUGAUCUCAUGGACGUUCCCGCGUCUAUUCAACUUGCCCGUUCCAUUUUCAAUCGCAUCAAGCUCAAUCUAGGCUGGGCAUGUGGUUAUAAUAUCAUUGGUCUUCCUUUCGCCAUGGGUAUCUUCUUACCUUUCGGAUUCCAUCUACAUCCUAUGGCAGCAGGUGCAGCGAUGGCAUUUAGUAGUACGAUGGUUGAAGCUAUUUGUGCAUUACAUAUUCCAUAUCCGCGGGACCCAGCAUUAGCGAACGCGGCACAGCAGAUCCAAGGCAGUAGUGCAACGAUCAGGCUGAUACGGAAAAGCUUAAAGUUUGAAAAUGGAUUACCUCGUCGUCGCACUGGAACGCCUCUUCACGAAAAUUGA